AUGGCAACCGCCUUCUUGCCUCCUAUUUUUCCCAGUCCCUUUGGCAGAGCAUUUAGCCGCAAGCCGUACUUGUUCUCGGAUGCAAGCCAUUGCGGCUCCAACGUCGUCGAAAGCUCUCAUUACGUCGAUCAGGACAGCCCUCCGCAAAAAUCAAGAGCAGGCUCGGUCCCCAUCAACUCAAUAUCGUCAGGACAUCCGCCAGACUCAGACGAGAACGCCAAACACCGCUUCUACCCCGAAAGCCCCGCUGGAUCCCCAGCUAAACGAUCAUAUUCGCUCAACGCAGCUCAAUGUCGACCAUGUGAAAGCAAUACCAGUUGUACACGGCCAGUAGAUGAAGCCUUCGGGCAUACGGAGGCAUUUCCAGUCUUUGAUCCAGGGGUGUCGUUGGAUCAUGGACUCCAAGAUAUGCAAUGUCGGAGCGAAGCCCACCGCCUUGUACAUCAGCCGUCGAAUUGUGCACUGAAUGACUCAGCGGAACCUUCCCCUAGUAUGGGUGACACAACACGCAACGCUGCGGAAUCCAGUGUAACAUCGCCCAGGUCUGAGGAGCCGCAGGUGACAUCCACGUCGCCGAUGAUCCUCAACAAGUCCUUUGGCAAAACAGCUGGAAACUUCAGACAAUGGGCGAGUACUUUUCGUCGCAAGCGAGACACGUGUAGAGAUAUCGACAAGCACCGAGUCAUAAAGACUGCGUCACGAACAAAUACGCCAUCUACAUUGCAAGUUUCGCCUCCCCAACACCGUUGGCAUCAGAAGCGCACUUCUAACGCAUCCUCACGGUUCGUUGCAACAAUCAAGACAGCCAGUGUCAGCAAUGACAGCACGAGCCUUUUCCCACGGUCACACAGAUAUAGUCGAGUUAGCGAUACCAGAGCUAACCGAAGCAGUGAUCCUCGCUCCUCUGUGGAAAGUCAGAGACCUUCGAGCAUCUCCUCUCCUGAUGAUGGAGCCUUGCGAAGAAGCAUCAAACGUCGUCAAGUUCUGCAGGAACUUCUCAGCUCUGAGGAAAGCUAUGUGGCCGACCUCAAGGCGCUACAUAAUCUCUUUUCGACGUUGCUCGCCUCCAUUCCCACUCUUACAAGCCAGACGAGAUAUUCAAUCCAGCGAAAUGUUACGGAUAUGCUACAUCUACAUGAGCAAAUAAUCGAUGAGCUCCAUCAAGUAGCUCUUCGAGCAACACUCCGAGAGGGCAACCUUGUCUCUCCUCUCUUGAGACCCAUCACACGAAGCCAUACAAAAUGGCAAGGCCUAUAUGCUACGUCCUUUCCAGCUUUGACACCUAAGCGUAGCCACACAGGGCGGUCGCCAGUAGAUGCUGUGUACACCCGUCGCGGUAGCUCAAACUAUUCAGCGGAUCCUGCAGAGGUGGCAGAGGUUGCACGGGCGUACAAAAACCAAAUGGCCCGCUUCUUCGUGUAUGAAGAAUAUAGCGCGAAGUAUGAUAUCAUGAUUCAGGAAGUGGCCAACUCGCAUAAGAUGGUACCAGAGUGGCCGUCUUAUGAAUCCGGCAUGGAAGCUCUGGCCAACUCAAUAGCCUCUCUCAACCAGCGCAGCAACGCUGGCAAGAAAGGCCUCACUGCUCACGAUUUACUCAUCAAGCCAAUUCAAAGGAUAUGCAAAUACCCGCUAUUCUUUUUGGACCUGUACAGGCAUACGCCUGUUGUUGACUGUCCGAGUACCCAUGCAGAGGUUGACGGAGCUUUAGCCAACUUUCGUGAGAUGGUCAGAGAGGUGAACAUGGUAACGGACGAUCCUAAAGUACGAGAGCGAAUACAGCGACGAUGGCUCCUUCAAGACCGCCUCAAAUUGAGUCAUGAUGCAUUAAAAGCAGCUCAAUUUCGAAUGCUUGGUCACGUCCUACUGUGCGGUGUACUGCAUGUCGCAUACCAAACCAGUCAACGUGUUGAAGGUGGAUACAUGCUGUGCGUGAUGUUCAAAGACUAUCUCCUUGUCGCGGCCCCCGCAGCAGGACACGCAAAAUUCGAUAUCGUGGCGACCAUAUACCUUUCAGACGCAAAAGUGGUCUCCACCGAAGACGGCAAAGGUUUGCAAUGCCACACGGCUCUGUUCUCGUGGAAGGUCUUAUUUGAGUCAGACAGCCAUCUCUUCGAGCUAAUGUUUAGCGCGUGCUCUGCAGCAGAGCAGCAGCAAUGGCUGGCCGGGGUAGAACGAGGCAGAAGUCUUCUGGCCCUUGAAGGUCCAGCGACCGAGCUUCGAGUGCCCAAUCUCUUCACCACAACAUCGUUGGACCUGAAGGCUUUGGCUCCCAUCUUUGGUCAAGGCGGUCCACUUGCACGACGACUGUCGAUUCAAAGAGCUGCAACAGUAGCCCCAAAAGUCGCCACCUGCCAGGUAAUCAUCAGGAACACCCAUAAGCCACAGGAUGGCCAGGAAUUGAGAUACUCUACAACUGGGGCGGUCAAUCGCUCGCAAUCAUUGUUAACCACGCAUCGAGUCACGAUAUUGGCACCCAAGAGAUCAGAAAGGAUUCGGCUUGAGCAAUCACUCGCCGACGUCUGGACUCGAGAUACGUUACCAUUCCCUGGGAUGUCACUGACUCGAGGCGGCAACAUCAUUCGAGCAUCUGCAGGAUCUCUUGCACGGAAAUUUAGUCUUGCUAGCAUUCAUAGCCCUUUCACGAAGCGAUCUACAAGUCUAACGCUCGUCGGCUCACGCUUCUCCCAUGACACAUCUGUGGAGGUGAAGCACGAAAUCGAGCAGCAGCAGCAGCAGCAGCAGCAGCAUCAGACCCAACCUCAACAUCAAGAUGAGUCUCUCAGCCACAAAACUGUCUUAGAGGACCACGACGAGCUAGGCGACGGCAAAAACACUGCAGAACAGGCCGUGCCCCGAUCAUCACUGCUACAACCUAGGAGACGCUCUCUGACAGGCAUUGAGAAGCUUCACCGACGCAGUGGCACGAAAAAUUAUCGUCGCCAGGUAUCAAAGGCUGGGACGGAACCUGUGCCGGAUAUGUCGUCGCCUGAGGUGGAGCUUGUAGAAGAAAAGUUAAGGACGAGGCGGAAGAGGUGGAGUAACCCGCUGGGCGUUUUGAAAAAUCUGUCGACGGAGGGGAUGAGAAGUUUGCUUUAUUCUUCCAGGUAG